AUGAAGCACAUGACUGCUGUCGUUGCUCUAGCCGCCGUUGCCAUUGCUGCUCCAGUCGAGGUCGAGAAACGCGACGGCGAGUGCCCCGAUACGGCCACUAUCGCUUACUGUCCUUAUCCGGACGGCGGCAUCAUCAAUGUGAACAUUGGCGACUGUGAGCAGAUCCUCUAA